UUGUAAAAGAAUUUUUUUUUAAGUACAUUGGACUGGUAAAAGUAUCCCAACAGAGAGUGACCCCUCAAGCAUGUGAUACUGUGACACUUGCAAUUGGAGGAGCCAGAGGCCCUCACCUUCUAUAUUAGUACAUAGGUGAGCCAUUCAGGUAGUAUGCUAGUAAGAAGGAAAAGGUGUCAGUAGGGAUGGUGGGACAAAGAGGACAGAGAAGCUUCUGAAAGCAAAGGGUCCUCUGACUAAUCUGACUUUGUAAAACAGGUUUCAUAUCCAAGUUGGAAGCAUGAAGAUUAAGUGUGUUGCCCUGUUCUCCCUCCUGCUCCUGAUCUCACAGCUGUUCUUGGUGGAUUGUAAAAAACAGAAGGAAAGAAAACAUGGGAAAGAUGGGAAAGGAGAGGAGAGACAGACUGGCUCUGCUGGUAAGAAUGAGAGAGGCCAGAAAGCCAAGGGAGAAAAAAAGCUCCCUCGGGGCAGGUUUUCCACUCAAAACAAUGUCCCCUGUACCUGGACAGUGACUGAGAAGGAGGGGAUCACUUUGACAGUACGAUGUAAAGGAGAGGAAGCCCAGUUUGAGUGUACCUAUGCAGGCAAUCCUUCUUCCUGCCCCAAUUUUAUAGGCAAUGAAAAAGCCUACUGGAAGCAAAUUGGUCGUGCCCUGCAGAAACAGAAGAACCUUUGUGCUGAUUCAAAGAGUGUCCUCAAGUCCCGUGUAUGCAGGAAAGGUGCCCAUGGUGCCCAUCUCAAAAUGGUAGACUCCACCAUCAAGAACAAGAGCCAGGAUAAGAAGGGGAAAAAGCAUCCUCCAACACCCGCUUCCACUGUCAGACCAACCACUCUGACUGUCCAGCCAACUGGUCACCAAUCAACAACUGAGAAGUGUAUCGAGGAUGUUGAGGUUAUCAACCAAAGAAGGGUGGCAGAAGAAUACUGUGGAGAGUCCUGGAGCUCUUUAUGCACCUUUCUACUCACCAUGUUACAGGAUAAAAAGUGCUAGCAAACUCGGACACCAUUCUUAGUCCCUGCGCUGAAAUUGGAGCCUCUCUCUCUCUUUGUGUGCUGCAGAGCUUUCAUUCAAGUUUCCCUUUAUAGCAUGAACUUCCAGGGUGCUGGAAUGGAAGAAAGUACAACUAUGUAUUUAAAUAUGUUUUGUAAUUUUUUCUUUUUUUUGUAUUUUGGAAUUUUUAUUUCC